AUGGACAUUAUCGAGUUACAACCGGUUCAGCGGUCUGGAAGUCUUGACAACAACAAUCACCAUGCUGAAAAUACCGCCAAGCAACAGGUGAGUUUAAAUCGAAUCGAUGAAUGCUAUAUUCGUCAAUAGAAAGAAAAGGGUAGGCUGUUAUUGAAAGUGGAGUCGCCUCAGGUGUAGUCUAAGUCAACCUUGUUCACCACGCUCGGCUUCAGAGCACAACGCAGCUUUUACAAUACGCACAAAGUCCAAUAUGUUUUAUUGCAGACAGACAUUCGGGGCGUUUCUUGAUUUGGGCGUUCCUCGAUAUCAGGAAACGCCCAUUGGUGCCUGCCAUUGGUCAGUCCAUUGAUAACUGCCGUUGGUCAGUUCAGGUUUUAUGUUACUGAUGGUUUGUACCAUUGUGGCUACUAUUAAAGCCCCAUCUAGUUGUCGCAUCAUGGAUAACAGUUGUUGACAGCAGUAGCUAAGCCUAACCCUUUUUCUAACCUUAACCUCAGUCUCCUAACCUGCCACAUUAGUUAUCCUAACCCAAAACGUUAAUUCUCCUAACCUGCCACGUUAGUUCUCCUAACCUGCCACGUGAGUUCUCCUAACCUGCCACGUGAGUUCUCCUAACCUGCCACGUGAGUUCUCCUAACCUGCCACGUUAGUUCUCCUAACCUGCCACGUGAGUUAUCCUAACCUGCCACGUGAGUUCUCCUAACCUGCCACGUGAGUUCUCCUAACCUGCCACGUUAGUUCUCCUAACCUGCCACGUUAAUUCUCCUAACCUGCCACGUAUGUUCUCCUAACUUGCCACGUAAGUUCUCCUAACCUGCCACGUUAGUUCUCCUAACCUGCCACGUUAAUUCUCCUAACCUGCCACGUUAAUUCUCCUAACCUGCCACGUUAGUUCUCCUAACCUGCCACAUUAGUUCUCCCAACCUGCUAUGUAAACAAACCACCAACCCCAUCAGUAUCACCACACCAGUGUUAUGAGACUAAUGGUUUCUCGACACAAAUGAUUUGAUUACAUAGCAGGUUAGGAUAACAAACGUAGCAGGUUAGGAUAACAAACGUGGCAGGUUAGGAUAAUUAAAGUGGCAGGUUAGGUGAAUUAGCAUGGCAGGUUAGGAGAAUGAGGUUAAGGUUAGGAAAAGGGAGAGACUGUUGUCCCCGAUCCGAAAGAAACAGCCACAGACCAAUAGCGAGCAUCAAUGGGUGUAACUUGACAUCGAGAAACGCCGAUAUCAGAAAACGCCCCUAAGUGCAGUCUGCAAUUACACCCUUCUCCAAAAGACGGUGGAAAUGUGCCCUAAAUAAGACGCUGUCCCACAGGGUGGCUGCGAUGCGGACGCCGGGAAAUAUUGGGUGAACAUUUUUAGGGGGUGUGCUUGUUUCCGAAAAUCCUGUUACCUGCCACGUAUCUAUAAUCGGAUUGUAUAAUGUCCUAUAUAGGUCUAAGUAAAAAAAUAUAAUUAACAGAAUAACUUGAGGGUUCUAUAGCAUUGAAAAAUGGACUUGUCUGCUUCGCAGCAUUCAGAGACAGGAUGUCAGGGCAGGCAAUGCAUUUGACAAUAAUUAAAAUAAUGAAUUUAUCUGAACUUUUUUUUUUAUUCUCAGCUCCCACCACAUCAUACUGUAUUUUGCCCAGUAACAACCUUGGUUGCUUCUGCAUGCCCACGGCGAUUGCUCCACAGUGUCAUAAUGUCAUUGAUUGUUACCACAGACUUACCAGACUCAUUCAUUUGGCCAUGACCAGAGAACAUUCUUGCAGAAACGCAGUUGUGUUUCAGUCGGAACAUGCAGACAGGUGGACAAACAUUUGAUUUGGCUUCUGCAUGUCAUUCAGAGAGUGUAAUAAAAAAACUGGGCUACUGUAAACUGCCUUUCACAUAUCCUUUAAGCACCUCCUUUAUUUAGGCAGAACAGUCAAUAGAAUACUGACUGAACAAGUAUUCUAUUAGAAUGUUUGUAUAAUUCCAUAUUCCAUAUUGCAGGGGACUUCAGAUAAUAGACGCAGGCUGACCACCAAUGAUGCAGCAGAGGAAGAAAAGCCCUUGCUUUCUCCUGAACAGGUGGGUCAUCACUGCCAUUUGGUGGCUGAAUUAUUUUCUCCCUCAACAGCACAGUGGCCCUUUUAUAUACAGUACAGGGAAUACAUGGCUGGCCUACUGUUGAAAGGACUACUGUCUAAUUGUAACAAUUGCAAAUACAGUUGAAGUCGGAAGUUUACGUACACUUAGGCUGGAGUCAUUAAAACUCGUUUUUUCAACCACUCCACAAAUUUAUUUUUAACAAACUAUAGUUUUGGCAAGUCGGUUAGGACAUCUACUUUGUGCAUGACACAAGUUAUUUUUCUAACAAUUGUUUACAGACAGAUUAUUUCACUUAUAAUUCACUGUAUCACAAUUCCAGUGAGUCAGAAGUUUACAUACACUAAGUUGACUGUGCCUUUAAACAGCUUGGAAAAUUUAGAAGCUUCUGAUAGGCUAAUUGACAUCAUUUGAGUCAAUUGGAGGUGUACCUGUGGAUGUAUUUCAAAGCCUACCUUCAAACUCAGUGCCUCUUUGCUUGGCAUCAUGGGAAAAUCAAAAUAAAUCAGCCAAGACCUGUAGACCUCCACAAGUCUGAUUCAUCCUUGGGAGCAAUUUCCAAACGCCUGAAGGUACCACGUUCAUCUGUACAAACAAUAGUACGCAAGUAUAAACACCAUGGGACCACGCAGCCGUCAUACCGCUCAGGAAGGAGACGCGUUCUGUCUCCUAGAGAUGAACGUACUUUGGUGCGAAAAGUGCAAACCAAUCCCAGAACAACAGCAAAGGACCUUGUGAAGAUGCUGGAGGAAACAGGUACAAAAUAAUCUAUAUCCACAGUAAAACGAGUCCUAUAUCGACAUAACCUGAAAGGCCGCUCAGCAAGGAAGAAGCCACUACUUUAUCUAACCUUUAUUUAACUAGGCAAGUCAGUUAAGAGCAAAUUCUUAUUUACAAUGACGGCCUACACCGGCCAAACCCGGACGACGCUGGGCCAAUUGUGCGCCGCCCUAUGGGACUCCCAAUCACGGCCGGUUGUGAUACAGCCUGGAAUCGAACCAGGGGGUCUGUAGUGACGCCUCAAGCACUGAGAUGCAGUGCCUUAGACCGCUGCAGUUUGCAACUGCACAUGGGGACAAAGAUUGUACUUUUUGGAGAAAUGUCCUCUGAUCUGAUGAAGCAAAAAUAGAACUGUUUGGCCAUAAUGACCAUCGUUAUGUUUGGAGGAAAAAGGGGAACGCUUGCAAGCCGAAGAACACCAUCCCAACCGUGAAGCACGGGGGUGGCAGCAUCAUGCUGUGGGGGUGCUUUGCUGCAGGAGGGACUGGUGCACUUCACAAAAUCGAUGGCAUCAUGAGGAAGGAAAAUGAUGUGGAUAUAUUGAAGCAACAUCAGUCAGGAAGUUAAAGCUUGGUCACAAAUGGGCUCUUCCAAAUGGACAAUGACCCCAAGCAUACUUCCAAAGAUGUGGCAAAAUGGCUUAAGGUCAACAAAGUCAAGGUAUUGGAGUGGCCAUCACAAAGCCCUGACCUCAAUCCUAUAGAAAAUUUGUGGGCAGAACUGAAAAAGCGUGUGCGAGCAAGCAGGCCUACAAACCUGACUCAGUUACACCAGCUCUGUCAGGAGGAAUGGGCCAAAAUUCACCCAACUUAUUGUGGGAAGUUUGUGGAAGGCUACCCGAAACGUUUGACCCAAGUUAAACAAUUUUAAAGGCAAUGCUACCAAAUACUAAUUGAGUGUAUGUAAACUUCUGACCCACUGGGGAUGUGAUGAAAGAAAUAAAAGCUGAAAUAAAUCAUUCUCUCUACUAUUAUUCUGACAUUUCACAUUCUUAAAAUAAAGUGGUGAUCCUAACUGACCUAAGACAGGGGAUUUUUACUAGGAUUAAAUGUCAGGAAUUGUGAAAAACUGAGUUUAAAUGUAUUUGGCUAAGGUGUAUGUUAACUUCCGACUUCAACUGUAUGUGGUUUAUUAUUGCUUUAAGAAUUAGGAACAAGGGCCACUAGCCUUGAUCCUACCACAACCACACAUCCAGACUGUCAUAAGUGUCAUUGUAACAGAAACAGGACAGUACAUAAUCAGCCAAGGGGGCGUCAGGGAAGUGGCACUUGACUAAAGGAGCAUCUGACUUUGACCAGCGACAGAAAGAAAGUGAAAAUGAAUUUUUUCAUUGUACGUGAUCGCACAGACAGACAGACAGAGAGACAGACAGACAGACAGACAGACAGACAGACACAGACAGACAACAGGUUCAACUGCUUCCACCACCCUGAUGAAGGUGAGUGAUUAGCAGUGAAACACAAUAUAAUAUCUGAAGUGUCGUUGUGAAGGAACUAGGUUUCAAAGUUGAACAAGGAGCAGAUCAGGUUUCCCAUUCAGGGUUAAGCUGGGUUGGCUUGCAACAACAUCUUGAUAUUAUGAUAUAACAUUCAGGGAAAGACAAUAACCCUGUCUCCACAUCAUUGUUUAGUAUUGGGAGGAAACUGACGUGUGUGGUGUGUUCUCAGGUUCCUGUUGGUAAUGGCGGGCAGCAUCAUGUUGAUGGAGCAGGGGUCAACCAAGAUUCCAUCUCUCUCAACAUACAGAACAACAUCGGCAACAAGGAAAUGGUACUUGUAUUAAUUACAAAGUGUCACAGCUUUCAUGUCUCUCUGGUCAUGAUUGAAUCCAGGAUCUUUGAUUGUAAGAUUGUGCUUUGAUUCAAAUCCAAAGUGUUAAAAUCUAAUGGGUGAUGUUGGUGGCUGAUGUAACUCUGAGAAAUAUUCACAUUAUCAAGCCACUUCUUACAGUGCUAAGGAAGUGGUGACAUACAUGUAUGUGUCUGUCUGUGAAGAAUUCCAGUCACAGAAUUCUCAGCAUGCAUUGUUGUAUCUGUUCUUCACCAGACUGUGGUUGGCUUCCAUCUUGUCUUUGACACAGUUAGGUAGCAGUUAACAGAAGGUAACAGCUAUGAAGGAGACCCCAUUCUGUCUCCUAGAGAUGAAUGUACUUUGGUGCGAAAAGUGCAAAUCAAUCCCAGAACAACAGCAAAGGACCUUGUGAAGAUGCUGGAGGAAACAGGUACAAAAGUAUCUAUAUCCACAGUAAAACGAGUCCUAUAUCGACAUAACCUGAAAGGCCGCUCAGCAAGGAAGAAGCCACUGCUCCAAAACCGCCAUAAAAAAGCCAGACUACGGUUUGCAACUGCACAUGGGGACAAAGAUCGUACUUUUUGGAGAAAUGUCCUCUGGUCUGAUGAAACAAAAAUAUCACUGUUUGGCCAUAAUGACCAUCGUUAUGUUUGGAGGAAAAAGGGGUUGGCUUGCAAGCCGAAGAACACCAUCCCAACCGUGAAGCACGGGGGUGGCAGCAUCAUGCUGUGGGGGUGCUUUGCUGCAGGAGGGACUGGUGCAUUUCACAAAAUAGAUGGCAUCAUGAGGAAGGAAAAUUAUGUGGAUAUAUUGAAGAAUUUUUACUAGGAUUAAAUGUCAGGAAUUGUGAAAAACUGAGUUUAAAUGUAUUUGGCUAAGGUGAAUGUAAACUUCCGACUUCAACUGUAGGUAACAGGUAACAGUGAGGUAGCAGGUAACAGUUACAUAGCAGGUAACAGUGAGGUAACAGGUAACAGUGAGGUAGCAGGUAACAGUUAGUUAGCAGAUAAGUUAGGUAACUGCUACCUAACUUACCUGCUAACAAUUAGGUAACAUGUAACAGUUAGGUAGCAGGUAACAGUUAGGUGGCGGGGAACAUUUAGGUAGCAGUUAGGUAACAGAUAACAGUAGGUAGAAGGUAACAGUUAGGUAACAGUUAGGUGGCAGUUAGGUAACAGGUAACAGUUAGGUAGCAAUUAACAGUUAGGUAGCAGGUACCAUUCAGAUAGCAGGUAGGUAGCAGGUAACAGGUAGGUAAAAGGUAACAGGUAGGUAAAAGGUAAGAGUUAGUUAAGUUUGGUAGCAGGUGACAUUUAGGUAGUCGGUAACGAUUAUGUAACACUUAACAGUUAGGUAACAUGUAACAGUUAGGUAGCAGGUAACAGUUAGGUAGCAGGUAACAGUUAGGUAGCAGGUAACAGGUAGGUAGCAGGGAACAUUUAGGUAGCAGGGAACAGGUAGGUAGCAGGUAACAUUUAGGUAACAGGUAACAGUUAGGUAACAGGUAACUGUUAGGUAGCAGGUUGAAGUUAGGUAACAGGUAACAGUUAGGUAGAAGGUAACAGUUAGGUAACAUGUAACAGUUAGGUAGCAGCUAACAGUUAGGUAGCAGGUAACAGUUAGUUAGCAGAUAAGUUAGGUAGCAAGUAAGUUAGGUAGCAGUUAGGUAGCAGGUAACAGGUAAUAGUUAGGUAAAAUUUAACAGUUAGGUAGCAGGUAACAGUUAGGUAGCAGUUAGGUAACAGUUAGGUAGCAGGUAACAGUUAGGUAGAAGGUAACAUUUAGGUAGCAGGUAGGUAACAAGUAACAGUUAGGUAGCAGGUAACAGCUAACAGUUAGGUAACAGUUAGGUAAUGGUUAGGUAGCAGGUAACAGUUAGGUAGCAGGUAGUUAGGUAGCAGGUAACAGUUAGGUAAAAGUUAGGUAGCAGUUAACAGUUAGGUACAGUUGGGUAACAGUUAGAUAACAGGUAAUAGUUAGGUAGCAUCGCAGUGCUAACUGUGCCACUAGAUCCUGGUUCGAAUCCAGGCUCUGUCGCAGCCGGCCGCGACCAGGAGACUCUUGGGCGGCGCUCAAUUGGCCCAGCGUCGUCCAGGGUAGGGGAGGGAAUGGCCGGCAGGGAUGUAGCUCAGUUGAUAGAGCAUGGCGUUUGCAACGCCAGGGUUAUGGGUUCGAUUCCCACGGGGGGCCAGUAUAAAAAAAAAUAUGUAUUCACUAACUGUAAGUCGCUCUGGAUAAGAGCGUCUGCUAAAUGACUAAAAUGUAAAUGUAAAAUGUAUCAGGUAUCAGUUAGGUAACAGGUAACAUUUAGGUUGCAGGUAACAGUUAGGUAGCAGGUAACAGUUAGGUUGCAGGUAACAGUUAGGUAGCAGGUAACAGUUAGGUCAGAGUUAGGUAGCAGUGUAACAGUUAAGUAACAGGUAAGUUGGGUAACAGUUAGGAGCAGGUAACAGUUAGGUGUCAGAUAACAGUUAGGUAGCAGGUAACAGUUAAUACUUAGGCAGGUAGCUUAGUGGUUAAGAGUGUUGUGCCAGUAACUGAAAGGUCGCUGGUUCUAAUCCCCGAGCCGAAUAGGUGAAAAACCUGUCUGUGCCCUUGAGCAAGGCACUUAACCCUAAUUGUUCCUGUAAGUUGCUCUGGAUAAGAGCGUCUGCUAAAUGACAAAAAAAAACAGGUAACAGUUAGGUAACAGAUAACAGUUAGGUAGCAGGUAACAGUUAAAUAACAGUUAGGUAACAUGUAACAGGUAACAGUUAGGUAAUAGCAAAAUAUUAGGUAGUAGUAAACAGUUAGGUAGCAGUUAACAGUUAGGUAACAGGUAACAGUUAGGUAGCAGGUAACAGGUAACAGUUAGGUUGCAGGUAACAGUUAGGUAGUAGGUAACAGGUAAGUUAGGUAUCAGGUAACAGUUAGGUAGCAGGUAACAGUUAGGUAGCAGGUAGAAGGUAACAGUUAGGUUGCAGGUAACAGUUAGGUAACAGGUAACAGUUAGGUAGUAGGUAACAGGUAAGUUAGGUAUCAGGUAACAGGUAACAGUUAGGUUGCAGGUAACAGUUAGGUUGCAGGUAACAGUUAGGUAACAGGUAACAGUUAGGUAGUAGGUAACAGGUAACAGUUAGGUAGCAGGUAACAGGUAACAGUUAGGUUGCAGGUAACAGUUAGGUAGUAGGUAACAGGUAAGUUAGGUAUCAGGUAUCAGUUAGGUAACAGGUAACAGUUAGGUAACAGGUAACAGUUAGGUAACAGGUAACAGUUAGGUAGCAGGUAACAGUUAGGUAGCAGGUAACAGGUAACAGUUAGGUUGCAGGUAACAGUUAGGUAGCAGGUAACAGGUAACAGUUAGGUAACAGGUAACAGUUAGGUUGCAGGUAACAGUUAGGUAGCAGGUAACAGGCAACAGUUAGGUAACAGGUAACAGUUAGGUAACAGGUAACAGUUAGGUAGUAGGUAACAGGUAAGUUAGGUAUCAGGUAACAGUUAGGUAGCACCAUUACCAGAUCUCACAACGCCUGCAGAAGGGUCUGGCACUGUGACAGCAGUUCUGGUAUUUUACUUUACAUGAAAAUGCAUCAAUUUUUUGCUAAUUUAUAAAAAGAAAAAAAUCGGAAAUAUCACAUUUACAUAAGGAUUCAGACCCUUUACUCAGUACUUUGUUGAAGCACCUUUGGCAGCAAUUACAGCAUAGAGUAUUCAACAAACACACCACUCGUUCAUUCAAAUCAAUUUACAGUAGGCCUACAAAUCCUGUACUCUCAAUUGCAGUCAGUUCAGGAAUUUAAUUGCAUUCCUAUGGAAUGAGUUGUAUUGUUCUGUUUGUAGACUGUUGUGCUGUGCUAUCUGUUUGUCUGUAGAUUGAGUUGUGUUGUUCUGUUUCUGACUGUAAAUUGCUCUGGAUAAGAGGGUCUGCUAAAUUAACAAAAUGUAAAAUAAAAUGUAAAAUGGUGUGCUGUGUGUAGUGUAACGUGUAUUGUGUUGUCUGUAGACCAGCAGGGUGCGCAGAAGUCUGUGGAAGGUCCUCUGCCUCAUCUUCCUCAUCGCGCUGGUGAUUGGAGUCUCCGUCAUUGUGUGUUUAGGUACAGCAUUUCCACUUCUAUCGUAAUGCUCUGGUGUCCUUACCAUAGUUCAUCGGUGUCUUUACCACAAUAGAAUAAAAUAGAGUGGAAUAGAGCAGAGCAGAAUGAAAUAGAGUGGAAUAGAGCAGAGCAGAAUGGAAUAGAGCAGAGUAGAAUGGAAUAGAGUGGAAUAGAGCAGAGCAGAAUGGAAUAGAGUAGAGUGGAAUAGAGCAGAGCAGAAUGGAAUAGAGUAGAGUGGAAUAGAGCAGAGCAGAAUGGAAUAGAGUGGAAUAGAGCAGAGCAGAAUGGAAUAGAGCAGAGCAGAAUGGAAUAGAGUGGAAUAGAGCAGAGCAGAAUGGAAUAGAGUAGAGUGGAAUAGAGCAGAGCAGAAUGGAAUAGAGUAGAGUGGAAUAGAGCAGAGCAGAAUGGAAUAGAGUGGAAUAGAGUGGAAUAGAGCAGAGUGGAAUAGAGCAGAGCAGAAUGGAAUAGAGCAGAGCAUAAUGGAAUAGAACAGAGCAGAAUGGAGUAGAGCAGAGCAGAAUGGAAUAGAGUGGAAUAGAGCAGAGCAGAAUGGAAUAGAGUGGAAUAGAGCAGAGCAGAAUGGAAUAGAGCAGAGCAGAAUGGAAUAGAGUGGAAUAGAGCAGAAUGGAAUAGAGCAGAGCAGAAUGGAAUAGAGUGGAAUAGAGCAGAGCAGAAUGGAAUAGAGCAGAGCAGAAUGGAAUAGAGUGGAAUAGAGCAGAGCAGAAUGGAAUAGAGCAGAGCAGAAUGGAAUAGAGCAGAGCAGAGUGGAAUAGAGCAGAGCAGAAUGGAAUAGAGCAGAGCAGAAUGGAAUAGAGUGGAAUAGAGCAGAGCAGAAUGGAAUAGAGCAGAGCAGAAUGGAAUAGAGUGGAAUAGAGCAGAGCAGAAUGGAAUAGAGCAGAGCAGAAUGGAAUAGAGCAGAGCAGAGUGGAAUAGAGCAGAGCAGAAUGGAAUAGAGUGGAAUAGAGCAGAGCAGAAUGGAAUAGAGCAGAGCAGAAUGGAAUAGAGCAGAGCAGAGUGGAAUAGAGCAGAGCAGAAUGGAAUAGAGCAGAACAUAAUGGAAUAGAGCAGAACAGAAUGGAAUAGAGCAGAGCAGAGUGGAAUAGAGCAGAACAGAAUGGAAUAGAGCAGAGCAGAAUGGAAUAGAGCAGAGCAGAGUGGAAUAGAGCAGAGCAGAAUGGAAUAGAGCAGAGCAGAGCAGAAUGGAAUAGAGCAGAGCAGAUUGGAAUAGAGCAGAGCAGAAUGGAAUAGAGUGGAAUAGAGCAGAGCAGAAUGGAAUAGAGCAGAGCAGAAUGGAAUAGAGCAGAGCAGAGUGGAAUAGAGCAGAGCAGAAUGGAAUAGAGUGGAAUAGAGCAGAGCAGAAUGGAAUAGAGCAGAGCAGAAUGGAAUAGAGUGGAAUAGAGCAGAGCAGAAUGGAAUAGAGCAGAGCAGAGUGGAAUAGAGCAGAGCAGAAUGGAAUAGAGUGGAAUAGAGCAGAGCAGAAUGGAAUAGAGCAGAGCAGAAUGGAAUAGAGCAGAGCAGAAUGGAAUAGAGCAGAGCAGAAUGGAGUAGAGCAGGGCAGAAUGGAAUAGAGUGGAAUAGAGCAGAGCAGAAUGGAAUAGAGUGGAAUAGAGCAGAGCAGAAUGGAGUAGAGUGGAAUAGAGCAGAAUGGAAUAGAGCAGAGCAGAAUGGAAUAGAGCAGAGCAGAAUGGAAUAGAGCAGAGCAGAAUGGAAUAGAGCAGAGCAGAAUGGAGUAGAGCAGAGCAGAAUGGAAUAGAGUGGAAUAGAGCAGAGCAGAAUGGAAUAGAGUAGAGUGGAAUAGAGCAGAGCAGAAUGGAAUAGAGUGGAAUAGAGCAGAGCAGAAUGGAAUAGAGUAGAGUGGAAUAGAGCAGAGCAGAAUGGAAUAGAGUGGAAUAGAGCAGAUCAGAAUGGAAUAGAGCAGAGCAGAAUGGAAUAGAGUGGAAUAGAGCAGAGCAGAAUGGAAUAGAGCAGAGCAGAAUGGAAUAGAGUGGAAUAGAGCAGAGCAGAAUGGAAUAGAGCAGAGCAGAAUGGAAUAGAGCAGAGCAGAGUGGAAUAGAGCAGAGCAGAAUGGAAUAGAGUGGAAUAGAGCAGAGCAGAAUGGAAUAGAGCAGAGCAGAAUGGAAUAGAGCAGAGCAGAAUGGAAUAGAGUGGAAUAGAGCAGAGCAGAAUGGAAUAGAGUGGAAUAGAGCAGAACAGAAUGGAAUAGAGCAGAACAGAAUGGAAUAGAGCAGAGCAGAAUGGAAUAGAGCAGAGCAGAAUGGAAUAGAGCAGAGCAGAAUGGAAUAGAGUGGAAUAGAGCAGAGCAGAAUGGAAUAGAGUGGAAUAGAGCAGAACAGAAUGGAAUAGAGCAGAACAGAAUGGAAUAGAGCAGAGCAGAAUGGAAUAGAGCAGAGCAGAAUGGAAUAGAGCAGAGCAGAAUGGAAUAGAGCAGAGCAGAGUGGAAUAGAUUGGAAUAGAGCAGAACAGAAUGGAAUAGAGUGGAAUAGAGCAGAGCAGAAUGGAAUAGAGUGGAAUAGAGCAGAGCAGAAUGGAAUAGAGCAGAACAGAAUGGAAUAGAGCAGAGCAGAAUGGAAUAGAGCAGAGCAGAAUGGAAUAGAGCAGAGCAGAGUGGAAUAGAGCAGAGCAGAAUGGAAUAGAGUGGAAUAGAGCAGAGCAGAAUGGAAUAGAGCAGAGCAGAAUGGAAUAGAGCAGAGCAGAAUGGAAUAGAGUGGAAUAGAGCAGAGCAGAAUGGAAUAGAGCAGAGCAGAGUGGAAUAGAGCAGAGCAGAAUGGAAUAGAGCAGAGCAGAGUGGAAUAGAGCAGAGCAGAAUGGAAUAGAGUGGAAUAGAGCAGAGCAGAAUGGAAUAGAGCAGAGCAGAAUGGAAUAGAGCAGAGCAGAAUGGAAUAGAGUAGAGCAGAGUGGAAUAGAGCAGAGCAGAAUGGAAUAGAGUGGAAUAGAGCAGAGCAGAAUGGAAUAGAGCAGAGCAGAAUGGAAUAGAGUGGAAUAGAGCAGAGCAGAAUGGAAUAGAGCAGAGCAGAGUGGAAUAGAGCAGAGCAGAAUGGAAUAGAGUGGAAUAGAGCAGAGCAGAAUGGAAUAGAGCAGAGCAGAAUGGAGUAGAGCAGAGCAGAAUGGAAUAGAGUGGAAUAGAGCAGAGCAGAAUGGAAUAGAGUGGAAUAGAGCAGAGCAGAAUGGAGUAUAGUGGAAUAGAGCAGAGCAGAAUGGAAUAGAGCAGAGCAGAAUGGAAUAGAGCAGAGCAGAAUGGAAUAGAGCAGAGCAGAAUGGAGUAGAGCAGAGCAGAAUGGAAUAGAGUGGAAUAGAGCAGAGCAGAGUGGAAUAGAGCAGAGCAGAAUGGAAUAGAGUAGAGUGGAAUAGAGCAGAGCAGAAUGGAAUAGAGUGGAAUAGAGCAGAGCAGAAUGGAAUAGAGCAGAGCAGAAUGGAAUAGAGCAGAGCAGAAUGGAAUAGAGCAGAGCAGAAUGGAAUAGAGUGGAAUAGAGCAGAGCAGAGUGGAAUAGAGCAGAGCAGAAUGGAAUAGAGUGGAAUAGAGCAGAGCAGAAUGGAAUAGAGUGGAAUAGAGCAGAGCAGAAUGGAAUAGAGCAGAGCAGAAUGGAAUAGAGUGGAAUAGAGCAGAGCAGAAUGGAAUAGAGCAGAGCAGAAUGGAAUAGAGCAGAGCAGAGUGGAAUAGAGCAGAGCAGAAUGGAAUAGAGUGGAAUAGAGCAGAGCAGAAUGGAAUAGAGUGGAAUAGAGCAGAGCAGAAUGGAAUAGAGUGGAAUAGAGCAGAGCAGAAUGGAAUAGAACAGAGCAGAAUGGAAUAGAGUGGAAUAGAGCAGAGCAGAGUGGAAUAGAGCAGAGCAGAAUGGAAUAGAGUGGAAUAGAGCAGAGCAGAAUGGAAUAGAGCAGAGCAGAAUGGAAUAGAGCAGAGCAGAAUGGAAUAGAGUGGAAUAGAGCAGAAUGGAAUAGAGCAGAGCAGAGCAGAAUGGAAUAGAGUGGAAUAGAGCAGAGCAGAAUGGAAUAGAGCAGAGCAGAAUGGAAUAGAGCAGAGCAGAAUGGAAUAGAGUGGAAUAGAGCAGAGCAGAAUGGAAUAGAGCAGAACAGAAUGGAAUAGAGCAGAGCAGAAUGGAAUAGAGCAGAGCAGAAUGGAAUAGAGCAGAGCAGAAUGGAAUAGAGCAGAGGAGAGUGGAAUAGAGUGGAAUAGAGCAGAACAGAAUGGAAUAGAGUGGAAUAGAGCAGAGCAGAAUGGAAUAGAGCAGAGCAGAAUGGAAUAGAGCAGAGCAGAGUGGAAUAGAGCAGAGCAGAAUGGAAUAGAGCAGAGCAGAAUGGAAUAGAGCAGAGCAGAAUGGAAUAGAGCAGAGCGGAAUAGAGUGGAAUAGAGCAGAAUGGAAUAGAGUGGAAUAGAAUAGGAGAGAAUAAAAUAGAUUAGAAUAUAAUUUUCUUGAUCACAGUAUGGAAAUGUGCCUUAGACGUGUUCAGAUGUAAUGCAUAUGGAUAAAUAUAACAUUAGAGUUGUAGAUGACGUGUUAUCUGUCUGGUUCUGACCUGUCUGGUUCUGACCUGUCUGGCUCUGACCUGUCUGGCUCUGACCUGUCUGGUUCUGACCUGUCUGGCUCUGACCUGUCUGGCUCUGACCUGUCUGGUUCUGACCUGUCUGGUUCUGACCUGUCUGGUUCUGACGCUGUCUGGUUCUGACCUGUCUGGCUCUGACCUGUCUGGUUCUGACCUGUCUGGUUCUGACCUGUCUGGUUCUGACCUGUCUGGUUCUGACGCUGUCUGGUUCUGACCUGUCUGGCUCUGACCUGUCUGGCUCUGACCUGUCUGGUUCUGACCUGUCUGGUUCUGACGCUGUCUGGUUCUGACCUGUCUGGCUCUGACCUGUCUGGCUCUGACCUGUCUGGUUCUGACCUGUCUGGUUCUGACCUGUCUGGUUCUGACCUGUCUGGCUCUGACCUGUCUGGUUCUGACGCUGUCUGGCUCUCCUUCUCUCUGGGUGAACAGUGAUCCAUGACGCUGUUUGGCUCUCCUUCUCUCUGGGUGAACAGUGAUCCAUGACGCUGUCUGGCUCUCCUUCUCUCUGGUUGAACAGUGAUCCAUGACGCUGUCUGGCUCUCCUUCUCUCUGGGUGAACAGUGAUCCAUGACGCUGUCUGGCUCUCCUUCUCUCUGGGUGAACAGUGAUCCAUGACGCUGUCUGGCUCUCCUUCUCUCUGGGUGAACAGUGAUCCAUGACGCUGUCUGGCUCUCCUUCUCUCUGGUUGAACAGUGAUCCAUGACGCUGUUUGGCUCUCCUUCUCUCUGGGUGAACAGUGAUCCAUGACGCUGUCUGGCUCUCCUUCUCUCUGGGUGAACAGUGAUCCAUGACGCUGUCUGGCUCUCCUUCUCUCUGGUUAAACAGUGAUCCAUGACGCUGUCUGGCUCUCCUUCUCUCUGGGUGAACAGUGAUCCAUGACGCUGUCUGGCUCUCCUUCUCUCUGGGUGAACAGUGAUCCAUGACACUGUUUGGCUCUCCUUCUCUCUGGUUGAACAGUGAUCCAUGACACUGUUUGGCUCUCCUUCUCUCUGGGUGAACAGUGAUCCAUGACACUGUCUGGCUCUCCUUCUCUCUGGGUGAACAGUGAUCCAUGACGCUGUCUGGCUCUCCUUCUCUCUGGUUGAACAGUGAUCCAUGACGCUGUCUGGCUCUCCUUCUCUCUGGUUGAACAGUGAUCCAUGACGCUGUCUGGCUCUCCUUCUCUCUGGUUGAACAGUGAUCCAUGACACUGUCUGGCUCUCCAUCUCUCUGGUUGAACAGUGAUCCAAGAUGACGUGGAUGAGAAGUACGAUCCAGCCUUGUUCAAGCUGCCGCGACAUUUCAACGGAAGCUUCAGACUGACCAAUCAGAUAUUCACACCAGAGCUGCUAUCCCCAGCGUCCAAUCAGAGUAAGGCCCUGUCCAGCCAACUAAAAGAGAAG